AUGGAGUUUGAAACCGAGGAAGAGGCAUAUGAUUUCUAUAAUUCAUAUGGCAGUCGAGUCAGUUUUAGCAUCCGCAAAGACUAUUUUAAUACAAGUAAGAAGACUGGUAAAGUGUUAUUGAGAUUGUUGACAUACUGCAGGGAGGGUUUUAGGGUUGACGACAAAUGGGACAUUAAUACUAAGACUCGCAGGGCCGAAACACGAACCGGUUGCGGUGCUCGAAUACUUAUUAAAUAUUGCAAGUAUAAGCAAAAGUUGGUAGUUUCAAAUUUUGUUGAAAGCCACAACCAUCCUUUGAUGAUUUAUACAUGCAGCCACAUAAUGCCGUCCCAGCGUAGAAUUACCUCCGUUCAGGCUAUUGAUUUGGAAUUGGCUUCCGAUUCAGGAAUAACCCCUCGUAAUUCAAAUGAGUUAAUGGGAAGGCAAGCUGGUGGAAAAGAUUCAGUUGGGUACAUGAAGAUGCAUUUACAAAAUCAUAUAAGUACCCGAAGACAAAAUAAGCUUGAAUAUGGAGAGGCAGGAUGGCUUAUGAAAUAUUUUAAGACACAUUCUUGUGAGGAUCCAACCUUCUUUUAUGCAUGCCAAUUGGAUAGUGAACAAAUGAUCACAAAAAUAUUCUGUGCAGAUUCAGAAAUGAUAGGUGAUUAUUGA